UUCAUCCCCUAAAAAGCUUACAUUUUCUGCCGUACGAUCAUAUACUCUUCUCGUUCGGAGCCCUUGGGAAGUACCCGCGCCCCCGUCGUUUUGUUUUCUAGGGUUUCGAGCACAAUAUUCUUUGAGCUUUGUCGUCUUCAAAUCCAGUAGAGAUCUUCCGUUUUUAGGGUUAUCUUCGUUGUCGGUGAGUUAUUGUUGGUGAUUUGAUGCUAUGAGUUUGAAUUGCGCUGAAUUAAGCUUCUGUGCGAAUUGAAGUUCGUCUUUGCGGAGGAGAAUUGGCUCUUUUUCGACCCAAAGAGGAUUUUUGCGGUUUAGGUUGGAGAAAUUGUUAACCCAAACGUUCGAUUUGAGAAUUCUGUAAUACAUGGUAAUCGGUUACAAGUAUUGAAUUUGUACAUCUUUUAUGGAUCGAAAUAUGAACAUGGAAACCCUAAUUUCAGAGAAUACGUAUUUAAGUUUAUUCCGCGUUUAGAGAGCGUGUGCGAUCUUUUCUUUGUUAAAGAGGAAUAUGAGAGAGGAAUGAGGGAUUUGAUAAUGGAUCCGUUUGUGAGUUAAAUUGGCUUGUCAUGAAUAUUCAGGGACGUGCGUGAAAUCUUUGGGCUAGGGUUUGAUAUAUACAUCAUUCUGGUUGGGUGUGAAGUGUUGAUUGCAAUAUGGCGAAGAAGGAUAUGUUCCCUGAUGCCUAUUCUGGUGGGUUUCCCCCCAAUUAUGAAUCAGAAGGAUCUGGUUGCUCUGGACGUGAUGAUAUCGAUGCAUCUGGUUAUGAGGACUCGAUCAACCAUAGGAAAAAAUGGAUCAAGCUAAGCUCUGCAUUAUCUGAUGGUUUUGGUGUUCCUGUACAUGUUGUCCCUUUGUCAAAGCUCUCACCCAUAGAGAAAAAGAAAUUAUUACUCCAAUUGAAAUCUGAACUUGACAGACUUAGGACAUUUCAGAAAAGAUUGGAUGUUGAUAAGCCUCGUGUUGCCACAAUAUCAUCUUCUAAUGAUAUUCUUAGCUCAAACUUGAAGAAAUCAUCUGGCUCUGGGAGAAAGAUUGACCAUAGUCAAAAGUCAAAGGCCCUUAAUCGUGGUAUUAUGGGAAGGUUUUCAUCUGCUAAUGACACAGGGACUUUUACUCCAUUACUGAAGAAACAAUGUGAGAACUUAUUGAAGAAGUUGAUGUCCCAUCAACAUGGCUGGGUGUUUAACAAACCUGUUGAUGUUGUUGCAUUGAAAAUACCAGAUUACUUCAAUGUCAUCAAGAAUCCCAUGGAUUUAGGGACAAUAAAAGAAAAACUUUCUUCAGGGAAAUACACAGGUCCCCUUGAAUUUGUCGCUGAUAUCCGACUCACCUUUUCCAAUGCCAUGACUUACAACCCCCCUGGAAAUGAUGUCCAUGUCAUGGCAGAUGUUCUUCAUAAGUUUUUCGAGCUAAGAUGGAAGCCCAUUGAAAAGAAACUACCUCAAAAUUCUCAACAACAAUUUGAAGAGAUUGAUUUGGUUAAACCAAUUCCUCCAUCAAAGAAAAGAAAGAUCACCUCAAUACAACAAGAACCGUUUCCAGAAGCUAAGUUGGUGAUGACAAGUGAAGAAAAGCUUAAUCUAAGCAGGGAGUUGGAAGCUCAUCUUACAGAUUUGCCAGAUAAUAUCAUCGAUUUUUUAAGAGAACACAGCUCAAGUGGGAAUGAAGCAGUAGAAGAUGAAAUAGAAAUUGAUAUUGAUGAUCUUAAUAAUGAUACAUUGUUCAAAUUACGCAAGAUGUUAGACAACCAUAUACAUGAGCAACAAAAUCAAGGAAAAGCAGAGCCUUGUGUCAUUGAGCUGCUACAUGAAUCAGGGAUUAGCAACUCAACUAUGCAACUAUAUAGAGGGAAUGAUCCUGUGGAAGAGGAUAUAGAUAUUGGGGGGAAUGAGCCACCUGUCUCAAGCUACACUCCAGAUGAAAAGGAAAAAGGAACAAGCAAGAAAAGUGACACAAGGACAACAUCAAGAACCUCAAGUGGUAAUUUGGAUACUAGUGGAAAUGGACAAAAUGACAUUAAAGCCACUAACCCAUUAGAGGUGUCUCAGAAAAAUCUUGCUGCAGCAGAUUUAGAGGAAAAGGCAGGUACAAGUGACCUGAUUGAUAAUCAGUCAAUUAGUGGGUUGGACCAAGUUGAUCACAUGUCUCAACAAAAGCCAACCUCUGUUGAAUCAGAUAGCCAAAAAGAUGAUGGUGACAGUGCUCCAAAUUCAAGACAGGUGUCACCUGGGAAAUCAUACAGAGCUGCAGUAUUAAAAAACCGAUUUGCUGACACGAUUUUCAAGGCGAGAGAAAAGACAUUGAUUCAGGUUGAGAAAGGGGACCCUGAGAAACUCAAAAGGGAGAAAGAAGAAUUAGAAAAUCAAAAAAGAAAAGAAAAAGCGCGAUUACAAGCUGCAGCAGAAGCAGCUGAAAACGCUCGAAAGCGAGCUGAAGCUGAAGCUGCUUUGGAAGCAAAAAGGAAAAGGGAUCUUGAGAGAGAAGCUGCUCGACAGGCUUUAUUGAAGAUGGAGAAAACAGUUGAAAUUGAUGAAACAUCGCGAUUUAUCGAGGAUCUUGAAAUGCUAAGCACGGUGAAUCCCGAACUACCGAUGAUGUCAGCAGAUGAGACAAGUCCCGAUCAUGGAUCCCUAGAAGCAUUAGGCAGUUUCAAAUUUGGGGCCAGCAAUCCCUUGGAACAACUAGGGUUAUACAUGAAAAGAGAUGAACAUGAAGAGGAUGAUGCUGACAUGGACCUCCAGCCACCUGUCAUGCCAGGUGGGAUCAAUGCUGCUGCUGAUGUGGAGGAAGGCGAAAUCGAUUGAAGUUUUUAUUUUGUUAUGUUGGUGUUAGGAUGUUAGUGUGAUCCAUCGUCUAUUUUAUGAUGUGUAUAGACUGUGUUCCUCUCCCUCAAAAAAACCCAAAAAGAAAAGAGUAUUCAAGUUAAAAAAAAAGUAAAAAAGAAUAGAGAAAAAAUUUAUAGAAUGGAUUAUGAACGUUCAUUUUCGGUUGUGGAUUGUGGCUUUGAGUUCUCUGCACGCAUUCUGGACUAUGUGAAUGAUCAUUUUUUAGUUGAUUGUAUUUUGUUUUGUGUUA